UGUCCGUGCGGCAGCUCCUGCCCUCGGCAGGCCGCUGCGUUCGUCCCUACAGAGCCUCUCGCGUCCCCAGAGUUUUGCGGUGCCGAAUUCUGCACUGACCAGGGUCAAUAGAUGUGCUUAGGCUGUAUCCGGGGAAGAGCAGUGUGAGAAGGCCUUGGGGAAAAAAACCAAACCACCCGCCAUAUAUUAUUUAUUGAGAGUGUGCAGUUAAGGAAUUGGAAUAAUAGAAUUAUAGAUCAUGCUGAGAUCAUUAGUCGUGUAAAAUUCAGAAGUAGAGACUUCACUUGAGAGGGCUUCAAUCCAUACUUGUCCCUCCCCAGCAGGGGAAUUUAUGGGCUGUGUCUAAUUUGGCAGCUGGGAUUCUGUGAACACAACACUGUGUUGUCCCUUCGUCCUUCAGGUUCAGCUGGAAAAAUCCCCCAUCAGGUGGAUCUGAGGUAAUCUGUAGCCUUUGGGUCUGUUUUGUUUGCUGAAAGGGGAAUUACAUCUCUGGAAUGUCAGUUUGUUCUUAGCAGAACUCAAGGCCUGGAUUUUAAUUCCAAGAGAGACAGAAGUUUGGAGUAACAUUUGACUGCCUGCAAAUCACAGAAUCCUAGAAUCACAGAGUGCUUUGGGUUGAAAGAUGCCAUGAUGCCUCAGAAGAGGGGACAGGUACCUUCCAGAAUAGCCAUGAGCAGUUAUUGGAAAGUCCUGGGAAUUUUCUUACUCUUUCUUCAAAGUGCACUGUCUCUCCAGCCAGCCCAGCCCAGAGUACUGCUGGUGUCCUUUGAUGGGUUUCGAUGGGAUUACAUCUACAGAGUGUCCACUCCCAAUUUCCACUAUGCCAUGAAGAACGGGGUGCACGUCAGGCAGGUCACAAAUGUGUUCAUAACCAAGACCUACCCCAACCACUACACGCUGGUGACUGGGCUCUAUGCAGAGAGCCACGGCAUCAUCGCUAACGAGAUGUACGACCCCGUCCUGAACGAAACCUUCUCCCUGAACAAAAUGAACACCCACAACUCCAAGUUCUGGGAAGAGGCCAGCCCAAUAUGGGUGACAAACCAGAGGGAAGGACACAAAUCUGGUGCUGCUAUGUGGCCUGGGACAGAUGUGAAGAUACAUGGAGUCUUGCCUACACAUUACAUGCCCUACAAUGAAUCUGUUCCCUUUGAAGAGAGGGUAGCGAAGCUCAUUGACUGGUUUACAUCAGAAGAAGCCAUAAACUUUGGUCUCCUGUACUGGGAGCAGCCUGAUGAGAUGGGCCACUUGCUGGGCCCAGAAAACCCACUUAUGGGAGCGAUAAUCAGUGACAUUGACAGAAAACUGGGAUAUCUCAUUUCUGAACUGAAGAAGGCGAAGCUGUGGGACGUGAUAAAUGUCAUAGUCACAAGUGAUCACGGAAUGUCACAGUCGUCCUCAGAAAGGCUCAUUGAGCUUGAUCAGUAUGUGAGCAGAGAGCUCUAUGAAGUCAUUGACCACUCCCCUACAGUGGCCAUUUUGCCAAAAGAAGGCAAACUGGAAGAAGUAUAUGAAGCUUUGGCCAAUGCUCAUCCCAACAUGACUGUAUAUAAAAAGGAGCAGAUUCCAGAUAGAUUUCAUUACAAACACAACAUUAAAAUUCAGCCCAUCUUAGCAGUGGCUGAUAAAGGAUGGGAAAUUGUACAUAACAAGACUGAUGGUUUUCUCAUUGGUAAUCAUGGAUAUGACAACACUAUACCAGAAAUGCAUCCCAUUUUUUUGGCAGUUGGGCCUGCUUUCAGAAAGAAUGCCACCAAACAAUUCAUGAAUGCUACGGACUUGUACCCCUUACUGUGCCAUCUGCUUGGCAUCAACCCACUGCCCAACAAUGGCUCCUUAAAUGCUGUGAAGGAUAUACUUGUUGAGAGAGUUCCUGGAGCCCGUGGAGCAGAUUCCUACUCCACUGUUAUAGGAGUCUUCCUGGGCAGCUUGCUUGUUCUGGUUUUUACUGCAGUUUUUGUUAAGCAUUUUGUCCUCGCCCAAGCAAAUUCCAUGCAAAUCCAACACACUGAAGCUGCCCAGCCACUGCUGCAAGAUUAAUAACACCUGGAUUAUUUCCUGUUUGAGGCUUAAAACAAGCUUAUACAAAGAAAAUAAACAAUGGAUCAGCAGGAAUAUGUGGAGUGAAGGGAGAUGGAUGCUGAUCCAUUGGUACUCUGGGGCAUGUACAGACCAAGGAUGGAGAGAGAGCAUGAUCCUGUUUCACCCUGCAGCCACUUCAUCCUCCAGGGCUUGAAGAUAUCUUAGGUAAACCUGGGAAGCUCUGUGUGUAUGUAGACCUCUAGUGACAAUAGGCCUCAAAUACCUUAUUAUGGCUGUUUUUAGGGAAAUAACAUCAACUGCAGUGCACUUCACAGACUAUUAAAUGGUGAUUUAAUUUCCCACCCUCGUUUUUGUUUUAUUUUUCGAGGGGUUUUUUGAGUGUCUUUGAUUUUAACAAGUCACUGAAUGGUACUAAACUUCUUUGUUAGUAUAUUUCUUCCCUGCCCAAGGAAGCUUUUGCAUGGAUCACCAUUACAGAUAACUUGGUGGGUUAAAUCCUGCAAGAAAGAACAUUAUUAUUCAGCUAGGUCAUGCAGUGCUAGUUGUCUAAGUUUAGAGUUACAUAUAUUUCUUCAAAUUACUGUGUCAACUGUAGCCCCAACAUGCAAAUCUUAAGUGGUAUUGCCUUUAGCAAUCAGCAUUAAACUGCUUGACUCUUAAUGUUGUAAAAAUUUAUUCAAGUAAAUACAGAUUUUUACCACAUUUCAGGUAAAUGUAGGUCUUUGCUUUUUUCUAUUUCCUAUACACUGCACUAAAUUUUCUAGGAGUUCCAUGCAGCUAGCAGGAUAAAGACACAUACAAGCACCACACCUGUAUAUUUCUAUUUCUGUGGUACUAAAGGAGGUGAACAAGUUGAGGAACAAGGAUGCUCAGGCUGGUUUCAGAGUGUUGUCAGGCUUGUCCCUGGUCUGCUACUGGGGAUUGUGAGUCUGACUUGUGUCUUGUGCUUUAUCUGCUCUGUCUGGGUGGGCCUUGGAAUGGGAUGAUCAGGAUUACACACACAGUUUAAAGGGCAGCUCUAUAAAUCUUAAGCCAUAUAUCCAUAUAGCCUCUUAUAUCUAAAAAGCACACUUUAAUAACAAAAGAAAAGGUGUAAGACUGGAGUUUAUUUUUCCAGAGGAAAGCCUCUGUCAGGGAGAAAUAUUAAUUCUGUAUCAACAAAGGUACAUAUUCUCAUUCUUUUGUGUGUGGCAAUAAAUCUUCUUGCUAGUCUAGUUGUGAGGGGUUUUGUGAGCUCACUUAAAUGGUGAGAAUCUGCUGACUAAAGUUUGUAUGAAAAACGUUCUGAAGUGAGAAAAGUUGUCUAUUGUCAGACUUCUCCCCUUCUCCUGUGAGAUGAUAGUAUUUCUUAGCACUGUGUUGCUGAGUACAAUGCCCGAAGGAGAAAGAAACUUCCAAAAUUAGUGCAGAAGUAGCAGCCCCGGGUAUUUUUAAAUGCAAUUUAUGUUUAUAUCCACAGCACCCAGCAGAGGGCAAGGAUGGAACACCUCAGCUUUGGAUGGGCUCUGCCAAACCAAGGGCGUGACUGACAGUCAGUACUGCAUGGGGAGGGCUGGGAUACAAAAUCCCUUUUGCUGGGCUAAAUUCCAGACUUAAUGAAGAUCUGUUGUGUUCCUCAGUGAUGGCAGGGACACUUGCUUAGCACCAAGCUGUCUUGCAGACAGAUGUGGGCAUUUCCAGAGGGCACAUUUGGGUGCAGCAAAUGCUUCAGAGGGAAGGCAAAGAAAUAGCCCAACUGAAGGGUUAUGCUGAAAGUUCAGCUGUGAUAGUAGCUUUGGGAAGGUAGGGAAAAUGCAGGUCUGUUGGAAGAGAGCCCUUGAUUUGGGGGAUGGAUGCAUAUGAAAUUCUGUGAACUCCAGCUGACUCAGUGCUUUUCCUGUGCUGUGAACUGCCUUGUUUUCCUGCAUUGCCAUUUCCUUUAGAAAACACUGAAGGAGAAGGUCUGUGAGGCUGAUUCUUAGUGCAGCUGGCCAAUAGCUGUGCCUGAAGUUGAAUUUGCUGGCACAGGUAAAACUGAGUGUUGCAGGGGCUCCAGCUGAGCCAGCACACCACUAACGUGUUCACAGCAGUUUUCAGGGAUCAGUGAAGUCUGAGCACAAAACCCCAACCUGAGUUGGUACUAAUCCCUCCCCUACCCACCUUCCAAAAAGUGGAUGGCACACAGCAAACUGAUGCACUGAGUCCACCUUUCCUUGCUUAUUUGCAGCUUAAAAAUUAAUUGUAGCACAAAUGUAUUGUGUGUUUAAAGGAAGGUCUGCAAGCUUUGAUAAGGCAAUAACAGUGACAAUUGUCAUAAUAAUGCCAUAACCCUCACCUGUAGCUUCUGCACUUUGGAACAAGUUGCUUCAGUAGAAAUUCUUCUUGUUGCAGUGAUUUCAUAGCAGUGAUCGUGGCAGAUGUGAAAAUUACUGGGUUGUAAUCUCAGAGCUUUUCAUUAAACCCUACUUUAAUUGUGGCAAGUGUAGUUCUAUCAUCAGCCAAAGUGACACUUGAUUUUAAGGAGGGGGCAAAGUUUCAGUGUUGAUCAGUCAUUUGGGACUUAGAUUUACCUUCCUAAAUAAGCAGCAAGGAUAGAGCAGUAGGUUUCCCCCAACAAAUGGUUUGGAAACAAUAAUACUCAGAAUAGGCUGGGGACAUGAACGUGAAAAUUGUUGAUGUCAUUGUUCUGUAUUGCACUGUGAGGCCCAUCUUUGAGGAGGGCAAAAUAACACUUUGUUUAAAAAAAAAAAAAAUAAGAAGGGAAUCUUGUAGCACUUGGAUAUUUCAGAUUAGGGUCAAACAUUUCCUUUAUUCUUAGGUGUAUUUGCAGGUACCUCUUGGGUAGUUCCUUGUUAGGGCAUUUGCCCAACUGUUUUAAGUUGCUGGGUAUGAGCUUAAUGAAAUUGAAAGCACAGAUGAUGCCACUGGAGAAAAAUAGCUUUGUCUCUGAUGUGAUGUCAGACACCUUUUUAGGUGGGAGGGGGGACAUGGGGUUUGGUUUCUGUGUAUAUGAUACAAUUUAUGAUGUACAAACAAGUUUAUUGGAAAGAGAAUUUAAGUACACCGUGUACUGCUUGUAACUUAAACUUGGAAACCGAGAAUGAUGCAUGAUGUGUUUCAUUACUGACCUGUGGAACAUACAAAUGUCAAAUGUUUUCUUUGUUUCUUCUUGUUUGGAAACGCUGAAGUUAAAAUACAUCUUUGCUAUAAUGCUGUCAAGCAUGGAGUGCUGGCUUCAUUUAAAACACUUCUGGAAAACAAACUUGAACUGGGGUAGAUGACUGAGGGAGAAUGGUUUCAACUUGUAUGCAUCUCAGAUAUUCCUUGGACUCUGCAAUGUGUAUGCCUUUGUUAAAAAUAACUGGAAGUGUGAUGGAACUUUGGAAUUUUAGGUCACAGUUCUUAUAUAACAGACUUCUUGUUUCCCAGCUUGCUGCCAUAUAUGGAAAAAACAGCUAUCAGUUACCAAUAUUGGGAAUCCAGUUUCUUUUACUGAAAAAAAACCACCUUUCAGACUUUCUUGAUCAAGAGCUGCAGUAGUGCUGCUACAAGAAAUCAGAUUCAUUAAAUCACUUAUCUUAGAAAAGACCUUUAAGAUCACCCAGUCCAACCAUUAACCCAGAAUUGCCAAGCCUGCUGUAAGAUGAAAUGUUGUGCAAACUGACUUUUCAUACAAUCAGAGUAAUUUGGGUUGGAGGGGACCUUAAAGAUCAGCUCAUUUCAACCCCCCUGCCCCCCUGACCACUGUCAGAAGUGUGAACAGCACAAUCUUGACCUGCAUGUGGUCAGGGACAAAUGUGCUGUGGUUGGAUCCUGGUGUUUUGUAAAAUGGAAAUUUAACAGGCUUACUUCUCAGUCUUCUUUCCUGCUUAAAUAAUGCCAUGGGAUGCUGUGCUGACCAUAUCUGUGCUGGUGUAAAAACUUUUCAUGGCAUGUUUGCCCUACAGUAAAGGUGAUAUAAGCAUUUAUUAGGUAGUAAACUAUAAAAACUGUUGCAAACACAUGAAAAUGAUAAAUUCAAUAGCAGUAUCAGCCUUUCCAUAAUGAAAUCCUAAUCUGAAUCCUAAUGACAAACCUGUAUUUCUGUUUUUUUGCAAUAAAAGAUGCUACCAUGCAUAUUAGCAUAAA